AUGGAGAAAAGAAUUGCUCUGGAAUUACGAGGAAGAAAUCCAUCACAGAUAAAAGAGCUAAAUUUGGACAACUGCAGGAGCACGGCAAUUGUGGGUCUCACAGAUGAAUACAUAAAUCUGGAAAUUCUAAGCUUAAACAAUGCAGGACUUACAAGUCUUAAGGGGUUUCCAACCCUCCCAAAACUCAGGAAGCUGGAGCUCUCUGACAAUAGAAUUUCAAAUGGGCUUAAUUUUCUAAAUGGUUGCAAAAAACUUACACAUCUCAAUCUCUCUGGAAAUAAGAUAACAACCAUUGAGACCCUCAAACCUUUGGAGGAGUUUGAGAAUUUAAAGAAUCUGGAUCUUUUCAACAAUGAUGUUACCAAUGUUGAAGAUUACAGGAACAGGGUGUUUGCUUUGCACCCAUCCUUGAAAUACUUAGAUGGAUUUGACAAAGAGGACCGUGAAGCAGAUGACAGCAGUGCUGAAGAGGAAGAUGAAAUGAAUGGCAAUAAUGACAGUGAAGAGGAAGAUUCAGACAUUGAUGAUGAAGAUGACGAUUUAUCUCUAAGUGCUGUUUAUAAUACAAAGUUAGAGGAGGAAAGUUCUGAAGGUUCCCUCUACGAAGGUAGUGGGGUGGAAGAGGAAGAAGAAGAGGAGGAAGACGAAGAUGGCGAUGGAGAAAAUGAUACUGACAAACAACCCAACUCCAAAGCACAAGCCGGCAAGGAGAACUCUCACGGUGAGCCUGAGGAGAGCACCCGAGGCAAGAAACGGAAACAUGAGGAUGACGAUGAGAAUUGA